GCGAGCAGCUGCGACUGCGAGGCAAGAGAACAGGCGUUGGAAAAGGGGGAGCUGGUCCCCGGAAUUCUGCGACGAGGAGAGGCGAGGGGGAGAGUGGUGGAAGCUGCCAGAAGCCCGCGCGGGGGUGGCCCUCGCUCCUGACCCGCUCCCACCACCUGACUCGCACUGGGCUGGAACUUUGACCACGUGUGGAAUCUUCCUGUGCCUUAAGAGCCAUUCGCCUGCAACCCAUUCGCACACAGCAGGAUCCCAGAAGGCAGGCCACUGUAGGUGUCCCGUUGACCUGCCACCUGCCAUCACCCGCUGGGCGAUGCUUACCACCAGCGGCAGCACCUAGAAGAUGUACGAGAAUGUCACAAGCCCGCUGGUUGAUAAUGGGUCGAGCCAAGACCUCCACCACAGCGCCUCGAACUCCUGUAACAACGACGAGUCCUACAAGUACGUCUUCCUGCCCGUGUGUUACACCUACACGUGCAUUCUCAGCCUGGCCCUCAACUCCAUCAUCCUGUGCAGCAUCCUCAAGAGACGGAAGGAGUGGAACUGCUCGCUGAUCUAUAUGUUCAACCUGGCCCUGACGGACUUCAUGUACGGCCUGUCCUUGCCUUUCCUCAUUGCCAGUUACAUCAUGCACGAUGUCUGGGUCUUUGGUGACUUCACCUGCCGCCUGGUGCGAUUCCUUUUCUACUUCAAUCUCUACUGCAGCAUUUUCUUCCUCACCUGCAUCAGCUUCCACCGCUACCUGGGCAUCUGCCACCCCAUGAAGACCAUCACCAUGGAGACGAAGAAGACCGCCAGGGUGGUGUGCGUGUUGGUGUGGCUGGUGGUGCUAGCCCUGACCAGCCCCAUCUUCCACUUCGCCAAGACGGCAGACUCCAACAACGCCACCAACUGCUGGGAUGACGCCCUCGACACCGAAUACCCGCACUACGUCCCCUAUGGGAUCAUCCUGCACUCGGUGGGGUUCUUCCUGCCCUUCUCCAUCAUCGCCUGGUGCUACUCCCGUGUGAUAAAGACCAUCUUCAAGACCAUCAACAACGAGGAGUUCAAGUCGGCUGUGCCGGGCUUGGAAAAGCGGAGGAAGUCCAUCAAGACUAUCCUCACCAUCACCCUGCUCUUCGCCCUCUGCUUCCUGCCGUUCCAUGUGACCAAGACCAUCUUCCUGAUCAACAAGGCUGUGCCGGACGUGGCCUGUUCCACCAAGAGGGUGGUCACCAUCUGCUACAAGGUCACCAGGCCGCUGGCCAGCUUCAACGCCUGGCUCAAUGCCCUCCUCUACUUUCUCACCAAGGACAAGUGGCCCCAGAACUGCCUGAAGCCCAAGAAGAACGAUGAUUCUAAGUCCUCGUGGAACAUCUUCAAACCGUUCAACCAUCUGACGUCGCCAGCCUGAGCUGGGCCUGUCAAGGAGAACUCCGGAGGGAAUCUGUCCCCUCACCCCUCCCCUGCCCCUGCCCCUCCCGAGGACGGACGACUUCCUCCUGAGUGGUUCCCCGGCCCCAUCCCGUCCGAUAUUCCUCUUUGUUUUCUAUCCAACGUGAAAAAUUGACUUUGUGGAACUCUCUGCUGUUUAAUUGACGCAGUGCGUGAAGUGCCGCAGUCUUACUGGGACCCGCGUUCUUGUGUUGGGGAGGAGGCGGCUUCAUGGGGAUUGGUUGGACCUGUUACCUCCGACCCCUCCCGACACCAUCCCCCUAACCCCCACCCUGACCCACCCCCAAUGACUUUUUCAGAGCGUUGUGGAGCUUCUCACAACUGGAGGACAUCACAAAACAAGUCUCAGCUCAGUUAAACGUGAAGCCAUUAUUUAAAGAGUUAGGAGGCAUUCUGUUUUCUGCCAUUUCCUGGCCAACCGCAUGAGCUGGUGGGGGGAUGGUCCUUACUUGUGCACAGCAAGCUCCCGCAACUGGCAAACAGAUGAUCUGCUUUCCUUCCCGGUGGCCUUUUUUUGGUUGAGGUAGUUGACCAGGAGCUCAAAGAGGACUGCCCUCCGCUCCCCCAACUCUGCUUUCAGAGAGACAUCAUGGGCUUCGUUAUCCCCAGAGGACGGACGGAUCCUCAGACUAUUUCCUCGCUCCAAAGGCAGCAUCUUCAGGCAGUGCGGCACUCCCUCGGGAAAGGUCAUCGGGAUUUUCCUGUGCUCAAGUCUCUGAAGUGGGGGCUUGACCUUGUGACUCAGAUAAGAGAGGGGGGAGAGAGAGAGAGAGAGAAAGUCAGCAGAGCCUUGGACUCUUGGUUCAUUGACUGUCAUGGAUUCAAAGCUCAAUGGUUGUGCCUCUCAUCUUCCACAUGUUUAUUUGCUUGUUACUGUUUAUCAUUGAACUGGUUAGCUCACAGCCUCACCCACUGACACGUGGACUGGGUCACAGGGAUGGGGAUCCUAAAACCAGAGUUGGGCCAUUAAUAUGGUGCACACCUAAACCAGAAGCAGAUGUCCUCUGCUCAAUGGAACACUAUCCAUUUUGAUUUCUGAAAUACUUACCUUGUGGAGAUCUAAUUGUCACGUUCUGAAAGACAAAUGUAUUAUAACGAUGGCCAUACAAUCUAA